GCCGUGUAUUUUUUUCCCGCUCCGUUUCUAACCGAGGCCGCCUUUUCGGCGGGUUGUGUUAAAAUGGCGAGCCGCUGGAGGAAUAAGGAGAGCGGGCAGGACUAAGGUAGACCCCCCGGACCCCUGCGCUUCGUCUCUGACAUCCAGAAAACGGGCAGGAUGGCGGCUCUGGACCAGAAAUCGCCCAAUGUGCUUCUGCAGAGCCUGUGCUGCAGGAUCACAGGCAAGAGCGAAGCUGAUGUGGCGUACCAGUUUCAGUAUGCUGUGCGGGUCAUCGGAAGUAAUUACGCCCCGACCAUCGAGCGGGACGAGUUCCUGGUCUCUGAGAAGAUCAAAAAAGAAUUGUUAAAGCAGAGGAGAGAGGCAGAUGCAGCUUUGUUCUCAGAGCUUCAUAGGAAACUCCAGACCCAGGGGGUGCUGAAACACCGGUGGUCCAUCCUGUAUUUGCUGCUCAGCCUUUGUGAGGACCCCAGGAAGCCGUCCAACCGGGUGGGGAACUAUGGCACUGUCUUUGCACAGGCUUUGCCUCGUGAUGCUCACUCCACACCGUUCUACUAUGCCCGCCCGCAGAGCCUGUCCCUCAGCUACCCCGAGCGCUCCGUGCUGGCCGCCCACAACGCCUCCAGCAUGGGCACCAGCGGCAUCGGCAGCUUGGGGGUCUAUCCAGUCAAUGGACCUGGCCCGAGUCCUCAGUCCCUGCUUACUGGCCCUGGUGCUCAACCCAUAGCUGACCCCUCCAGAGGCUCUCGUCUGGCCUGGGCUCUCCCGGUCUCCGGCUCUCCGUCCGGUCCCAGUCCUCCUACCUCACGCCCCCCCGCAGGGCCUGCCUCUGUCCCCGCAGCCAGACCCCUUCAGAGACUGAGACGGGACGGCGACGGCAGCGCUGAAAUCAGCGAGGCUGCUCUGGUGCGAGACAUCCUCUACGUCUUCCAGGGGAUCGACGGCAAAUUCAUUAAGAUGUGCAGUCCGGAGAACUGCUACAAAAUCGACUCAAAGGUUCCGUUGUGCAAGUCUUUGCGAGACACCAGUAGCCGGUUGGCGGAGCUCGGCUGGCUUCACAAUAAAGUCAGAAAGUACACGGACUCCCGCAGUCUGGAUCGAGCCUUUGGAUUGGUCGGGCAGAGUUUUUGUGCAUCGCUGCACCAGGAGCUGAAGGAGUAUUACAGACUGUUAUCAGUACUGCACGCACAGUUGCAGGUAGAAGAUGACCAAGGGGUGAACGUGGGGGUGGACAGCACUCUCACACUAAGAAGGCUUCUUGUGUGGACAUACGACCCUAAAAUUCGACUCAAGACCCUCGCAGCUCUGGUGGAUUACUGCCAAGGGCGUAAAGGUGGGGAGUUGGCCUCAGCGGUCCAUGCCUAUGGUAAAACCGGGGACCCCCACAUGAGGGCGCUAGUUCAGCACAUCCUGGGUUUGGUGUCUCACCCCAUCCUCAACUUCCUUUAUCGCUGGAUCUACGACGGAGAACUGGAGGACACCUACCAUGAGUUCUUCGUUGCGUCUGAUCCGACAGUAAAGACGGACAGGUUAUGGCACGAUAAAUAUUCUCUGAGGAAAUCUAUGAUCCCAUCCUUCAUCACUAUGGACCAAGCUAGAAAGGUCCUGCUCAUUGGCAAAUCCAUCAACUUCCUGCAUCAGGUGUGCCACGACAGGACGCCGCCCGGUAAAAUCCUGCCCGCUUCCAAAUCCACCGAUUCACCCAAAGACGCUGCAGAGCUGUUCACUGACCUGGAGGGGGCGUUCCAGAGUAAGAUUGACGCAGCGUACUUUGAGACCAGUAAGUACCUGCUGGACGUUCUGAAUAAAAACUACCAGCUGCUCGACCACCUCCAGGCCAUGAGGAGAUACCUUCUGCUGGGCCAGGGAGACUUCAUUAGACAUCUGAUGGACCUGCUGAAGCCGGAGCUGGCUCGGGCAGCUACCACACUCUACCAGCACAACCUCACCGGCAUCCUAGAGACGGCUGUACGGGCCACCAACGCCCAGUUUGACAGCCCAGAGAUUUUGAAGAGACUGGACGUGCGGCUGCUGGAGGUGUCUCCAGGUGACACAGGCUGGGACGUGUUCAGUCUGGACUAUCAUGUCGACGGACCAAUCGCCACGGUGUUCACGCGUGAGUGUAUGAGCCACUACUUGCGUGUGUUCAACUUUUUGUGGAGAGCUAAGCGGAUGGAGUACAUCCUGACGGACAUCUGGAAGAGUCAGAUGUGCAACGCCAAACUGCUGAAGAGCAUGCCGGAGCUGUCUGGAGUUCUGCAUCAGUGUCACAUCUUGGCUUCAGAGAUGGUCCAUUUCAUCCACCAGAUGCAGUACUACAUCACAUUCGAGGUGUUGGAGUGCUCGUGGGAUGAGUUGUGGAAUAAGGUUCAGCAGGCUCAGGACCUGGACCACAUCAUCGCAGCUCACGAUGUUUUCCUGGACACCAUCAUCUCCCGCUGUUUACUGGACUCCAACAGCAGGUCUCUGUUGAACCAGCUGCGGGCCGUGUUUGACCAGAUCAUCGAGUUCCAGAACGCUCAGGACACCCUGUACCGCUCAGCACUGGAGGAGCUGCAGCUCCGUGUGCAGUACGAGGACAGCAAGAGACAGAGACAGCAAGAGGGUGAAUGGGGUGUGACGGCAGAACAGGAGGCAGCGGAGAACAAACGAGUGCAGGACUUUAAAGACACCAUACCAAAAAUGUGCUCUCAGCUCAGACUACUCACACACUUCUACCAGGGCAUCGUUCAGGAGUUCCUGCGUCUGCUGAUGACCAGCUCAGACGAGAGUCUGCAGUUCCUCAGCUUCCGGCUGGACUUCAACGAGCACUACAAAGCCCGGGACCCCCGCCUGCGGCCCUCGCUCGGAGCCACCAGGGGGCGCCGCAGCUCCAACAUCUGACCCACAAUCUGAACUCGGCGCAGUCUUGACGGUUGAUGUUUUCUGAACGGACCGUGGUGUUGUGAGAUACUGUCAGCUGACAGGGCUUACUCAGAACAAGAAUUAAUAAAUAACACACAAAAAAAACAACAAACAAAAAGAAAGAAAUGCAGCCUUUAAAACACCCUCAUCUUUGCCAACGGUAUUAUGGUAUUUUAGGAGCGUGGAUCUUUUAGUAGCACAAGGUCACAGCCCUGUUGUCAUCACCUGGAAUUCAUUUAAUCAUUCAUUCAUUCAUUCAUUUAUUUUGUUAAUUCUUUUCUCAACUGUGGAACUUUGGAGAAGUGGAGAAGUUAUCUUACAGCAGCAGCACUGAAAUGGACCUGAGGAUGUUAUGUUAUUUUUUUCUGUUUGUGUGUUGUUUGAGUUUGUUUGAACUAAUAUUUAAGAUAUUUGUCUCAUAUUCUUAUAGAGGAGAACUUUAAAAGAGUUUAAAAUUGACUUUGGGUGUAGUAAAACAUGAUAAAAAAAGGACUUACGUUUGUUGAAUAGCCCACCCCCGCUCUCCCACAGCUUUCUGAGAUCCAGUAAUUUUGUGCUUUUUGCACAGCACUCUUUACAACGGGUGCUUCGGGGCAUGUUUUGCACCGAUAAAUCGCUUUUUUACACUGUUAUUCAGGCUCAAAGUAGCUCCACAUCUUAAUGGGAGAAUCCAGAAAGCCCUGACUUUUAAAACAAGGCAUUAGUAACUUAAAAAGUGCACAAGAAGCUUAUUAAAAACCACUGUAUUCAUCCUAUCGCAUAAACUAAAAUCGGGGUGCCGCAAUUGUAAAGUAUCUAAAGUGCUACGGGAUGUAAACAGUGGUUUUUAAUAAGCUUCUUAUGCACUUUUUAAGUUACGAAUGCCUUGUUUUAAAUAUUAGAGCUCUCCAUAUUCUACCAAUGAAGUGUGGAGCUACUUUGAGCCUGGAUAACGGUGUAAAAAGUUAUUUAUCUGCAGGGGAAAAAUAUGCCCCAUUAAAACCCAUUCAAACCUGUUUGGACAAACUGCACAAAAUUGCUGGAUCUCAGAAAGGUGCAGGAGAGCGGAGGUGGGCUAUUCAACAAGGCUAUUACCCUUUAUCCUGUUUUACUACAACAAAACUCAAUUUUACACCAGAGUUCUCAUUUAAUAAAUGUAAUUUUUACCUGAAUCCGAACAAAAGGAAAUCCAAAAACAUAAAUUGUAUAAUUUAAAUAAUGUAAAUCUACUGCUACUGCAAAGCUACAUUUAAAACUAUUUAUUGAAUUCUCAACAUUUUAAUAUUCCCCAGAUAUACCAACAAAGCACAAUUCUUUUUUUUUUUUGUUUGCUAAAAAAAAUUGGUGCGUCCCUGUUUGUCACCCCCACCACACCCCCACUCUUAAAUACUCACUCGUUGCCUAGGCCAGCAAGGUAUUCAUUUGCUGUGAAUAAAGAUGCGAACAUUUUAACAAAAUACAAAUUUUUUUUUACAAAAAAAAAUUGUAAUUAAGAAUCCGUAAAAAAAAAAAAUUGCGUAAAACAACCAUUGAUUGUUUACUUCCUUUUUUUUUUUUUUUUUUUUCUUGUAGCAAUGCUUCUGUGCCUGCUCAUUCAGAACAUGCCCCACAUAAUGUUUAUUCAUUUGUUUGGAGAAUUUGUUUAUGGUUUUCUGCAGACUGUGACCUUUGCACUGCCAAAAGAUUGAAAGAAAAAAAAAUCCUAAUUUUCAUUCCGUAAUUGUACAGAUUGGACCUUUUUCAACUGUAGGAACACAUCCAAUUCAAUUUAAUCCAAUUGCACAUUCACUCUCAAGUCAUUGCAUUUCCCCUCAGAUGACUCUGAAUUCACUCUUCUCCUCCAGGCUAUGUGAACUUUAGAACCUGACUUGAAUUUUAUGACUCUAUAGUGGAUGAUCUGAACGUGUGUGGACCCUACAGCUGGCCCUGUAUUAAAAAUAUCUUCUAUUAAAAUACUGUGGUAGUGUUCCAAUCCCAUCCAGCGGGCUUUCCUGCCUCACAUCACCCAGGCUCAUUACACUCUGUGGUGGGAAGGAGUCUUAUGUGGAGAAGUCUGAAUGGCUCUGUCCCAAAUCACACUCUUCUCCUAGUGGCCUCCUGCACUUUUGAUUGUUGCUCUGUUCCUGUGCUGCCCACAGGUUGUGUUCUUUUAGGGCGAGUAUUGCAAGGUUGGACAAGCUUUAUUUAACAUAACUACUUGUUUCUACCUUCAUUUUCCAUUUACUAUUUAAUUUCACCACGCUUUUUGUAGUUCUAUAGCUAAUUACAGACUGUAGUUCUGUAUCUGUUUCUCUGUAUACUUUUAUCCUCCUCUUAACCUGUUUUUCAUUGGUCAGGACCCCACAGAACAGCUAUUAUUUGGGUGCUGGAUAAUUCUCAGCACUGCUGAGUGGCGGUUUGUCAGAUGCAGCAGUGCUGGUGGAGUUUUUAAACACUGUUCACUUACUGUCCACUCUAUUAGCACUUUUUCCACUUGUGUGUUACCUACACUAUUUGACUCAACCUCUGCUUUUUCUUCAUUAUUCAAAUUCCGUACCUGGAUUUGAGUACGUUUUAAGUACACACCCACUCAUUAAAACAUGACUGGCCAGAGAGAUUCCAGAAAGAAUACUCUUACGUGAGGCAAAAAGCCAUGAAACCAAAAAUAUGGAAUCCAAUUCAUUCAGCAAACUCCACUGUUACGGUGUUGUUGGCCCUAAAAUGAUAAUAAAAUGGUAGUCAUGGUGUAUUUUGUGUGACAUCGCCAGAUACGUUUAGAGGGAGCUGUGGUAGUGGAAAUUGAGCCAGGUACCUAAAAAAAAAAAAAAAAAAAAAGCAAGCAGUGGAAAAGUGCCAAUAAAGUGGUUCUUCUAUUGCUCAGCUCAAGAAAAAAGGCUAAUGUAACUGAUUGGCAUCUUUCAAAGAUCACAGCAUCAACAAACAGAAACUGGAUUUUAAGUCAUUUGAAGGUUUUACAGCAUCGCAAAAAAACGUUCCUCUAACAUCUUUAUUUUUAAGAGUCAUCUUUCUUUAAAAGAUGGACUGUGUUUUCGUAGUUACUAGAAACUUGUCAGGUUGAAAAAAAUCAAAAAGUUUGAUAGAAAGCUUCUUCAAUGUAUUGCCCCAAUAAACAGUUGGUUAGCAGAGUGGAUAACACCACUACCUUCUCCCCACCUGGGCAAGAUGACCACACCACACCAAGAGGCGUUGGGCAGGACUUCUUGUGUAACAUGAUUCAUCUGUCACUCUGCAUAAGAGUGUGAAGGUUCAAUUAGCAGGGUAAGAGCACAGUUUUGCCCAAAAUAUUGCAAUGCACACAACAUUAUGGGUAAAUAGAGUUCAAAAGAGGACAAAUUGUUGGUGCACGUCUUGCUGACGCAUCUGUGACCAAGACAGCAAGUCUUAGUGAUGUAUCAAGAGCCACGAUAUCCAUUAUCCAACCCCUGGAUCGAUUAACAUUGGUCUAGUGGCUUUUCUGUGCAACUGCUCAGUUUAUAUAGCUGAAACAAUACAAGUCCAGUAUGAUUAGCAGAGCAGAGACUCCUACUUUCUUGCAACCUUUGAAUCCAAAACCAAGAGACACAGCCCCUCCUAAUCCUACUUAUUACUACUAAGUCCGUGAUUGGCUGAAUGCUGGAAGUUCUACAGCAAUUCUCCAAAAAUAGGCCUAAGGACCCCUGGUGUAGGGUCUGAAACCAGAAAGAUGGGCUCCUGUUUUUGUUUAUUGUCUGGCAAGCUUGUCCAAACCUGGCAGUAGUCUCUAUAAAUGAACACGUUUGUAGGCGGAGCAUGGCUACUAUUAUGGAAUAGUUCAUCCAAGCUAGGGGCAACUAACCCUCACUCUAUUGCUGUCUAGUGUUUCUAGGUUUGUAAUUUGGCCUCAGGGAAGGAAGAAGGGGAUCAUUUGUGGAUUUUGCCUGAAGACUUAUCUUCUCCCUCCCAGACCACAAGUCUACAAGUCUGUUGAAUAACACAGAUGUAUAGAUAUAUAAUGCAAUGGAAUAAUAAACAUCUUGUCAUUCUUUUCUUUAAUAAAUAAUGUUUUUUAAAAACUCA